GUCGCUUUGUUCCGCUUAUUGUGGCGCAUUUUGUGUCUGAUUCAGUUUCAGUGAGUCUCUGCGGGGAUUUUUGUGACACCUGAGCAGUCGGUGACGUCACGGCGCGGACGCAGCGCGUGCAGCUGUGUUUGUUGAGCUCGUGAACAGGGAAGCAGAAAGUUGAGGCGAAACCCGAACAGAGCCGAACAAAACCGAACAGCUGCGGCUCGGAAAGUGCCGAGCAGCGAGCCGAAGAGCCGCCCGAACCCCGGCGGCCAUUUCGGGCUCCGACGGAGUUUGUGGGAGAAGUUGUUCGGAAGGAGGAGAACCGUCAUGUCCCCGCCGUGACCAGCACCGACACACGGACACCGACAUGGCCGAGGCCCGGGCCGAGCAGGACGACGACAACAUGCCGAGGGACGCCCGGGAACCGGUGGUCCGGAGACCGCCGAGCAGCUCCGGAGGUCGUCCUGACCGCCGGAAGCCGGAGCAUCGCCACAGCCAAGGACCUCUGUCAUCCAUCAGAGCCGCCAUCAAGAGAACCUCCACCAGGUCCACGUCUCUGUCAGAGACGCCCCGAGACCGAGACCGAGAUCGAGACCGGGACCGAGACCGAGACCGAGACCGGGACCGGGACCGGGACCGAAGGCGACCAGAGAUCACCAUCCUAUCUGCAGAGCCGCUGGCCUCCACUUCCUGGUUCCCCGGAGCUGCUGGGGGAUUCCCUCCUCCCCCUCCUCCUGCUGCACAGAUCUGGGGACCCACCAUCCCUCCGUCCAUACAGCCUCCUCCGUCCUAUGACGAGGUGAUCAGGGAGAAGUCUCAGGAGCAGGGUCUCCUCCCUUCUUCCUCUCCCUCCUCUUCAUCUCCGUCUCGUCCAGUUCCUACGACGACCAUCGCCACGCAGACCGACUCGGGAUCAUCAGCUGCUCACGAGUUUCCAGCGACGACACCGGUCAGACCUCCCAGACCGCCCCUCCCCCAGCCGCCAAAACCAGCUCACGCUGAUGACAUCACCGCCCCUGCCAGCCAAUCAGAGCUGAGCUCCGCUGACCUUGACGUCGUGGACCUUCUGUCUGAACUCAGUUCCCCUCUGACCUCAUCGUCUGCCGCUCAGACCGACCAAUGGGAUCAUCCCGCUGCCUCCUCUCACGUGUCCGAGCGCCCGAGACCCCGCCCACGCUCUAAGCUCGGCCUCCAGCCAAUCGGCAGCGAGGUAAAGGUCCAGACUCUGGUGAAGCUGCGUGAGGACGGUUUGGCCACGUUAGCGUCUCGCGCUUUGACUGACGGCUCCAACCCAGACGUGAGCCAAGGAAAAUACCUGCAGGAGCUGCUGGACGCCUUCAGCUCCGACGACUGGGGCUUCCCGGACCGCCGCAGCGACAGCAGCAGCCUCGGCCAAUCGGAGAGCGAGGAGGAGGAGGAGGAGGAGGAGGACAUGGCGACGCUGAAGGCGAGGAUCCGGGCGUUCGAGCAGCAGCAGGCGGCUGAAGGCAGCUGUGGCGACGCUUCGGCGAUCGACGGCUUCGCGGUCGCUAAGAGACCAGAGCCUCGACCCCGCCCUCGUCUCCAGGGGCAACCGGCCAAACCCGGCCCGCCCGCCAUCGCUCCCAAACCCAAACACUGCCCACAUGGUCCAAAACCCUCCAGCAAGGUGUUCUGGGAGGACGGAGGUCCAACAGCAGAACCAGGCGGAGACAUGGAUUUCACCUCCAGACCUCAGACUGCUGCAGAACCCAAACCAGCUCCGGGUUCAGAACCUCUGUCCUGCAGAACCACCGACAAACCCUCCGUCAGCCCAAAACCCCCGUCGCUGACUGAGUGCCCCCCACCUGCCCCGGCUCCUGCCCUGGUUCCCGCCCCGGUUCCUGCCCCGAGGCCUCCUCCACCCAAACUGUCCUCGCUGGGUGACAGAGUCCCUCCCAGACCGCCGGUGGCUCCCCGGGCCAGCGUGGCGGCUCCACACCCAGAGAGGAGCGCCGCAGACGGACACGCCGCCCCCACCCUGCCCCCCAGAGCCUCCGUGGAGGUCAGAGGUGGAGCGCAGGGCGAAACGCCGGCUGGAACCGAAGCCACGCAGAACUCUGCAAACCAAAGCGUGAAAGCCGUCGGCGGCCGUCCCUGCGUCCCGACCAAACCAGCCUCCCUGAACGCAGCUCGCAGAUCCAGCGCUCCUAACCUGGCUCCAAAACCCACCGGACCCUCACCAGCACCUCCGGAUCAGAACCCAGUCCAGGUCAAACCGUCUGGUGCCGCCCUGGUUACAGCCCCAAAACCUCCAGGACCGGCCAAACCCCCGACCCCGACCCAGACACAGACACAGACACCAACCCAGAGCCAGACCCCGACCCAGAGUCAGACCCCUACACCAACACUGGGUCCAGCUCCAGCCCAGAGGAAGGUCCAGACCAGAGCGGACAGCAGCAGCGGUCCAGACCCGGAGCCUCGUCUUCCUCCACGCCCCUCCAGUGUGAAGCUCCUCCCCCUCCGCCCUCCACCAAUCAAAUCCAUCCCUAGCAGACCGCCUCCUCCAACUGUCAGCUCAGCUUCAUCCUCCAAUCAGAUCUCUACUCCUUCCAAAGCUGCACCUGCCCCCUGCGUCUCUCCAGCCAGUCAGCUUCCACCACCUCACACCGCCCCGCCCCCUUCUCCUGAAACAGCCAGUCAGAUCCAGCGGGCCCCAAAGAAAGGACCGCCUCUACCGCCACGCCCCAAACCUGGACACCCCCUCUUCAACAGCUACAUGAAGCAGGAGGUUCUGAUUGUCCUGGAUGAUCCGAGUCCCUCUGAGCCCCAGAGCAUCUCCUCCCCUGUGAUCAGCCCACCUCAGUGUCUCCUGGACCUGGACCCUCAGUCAGAGCCAGUUCUGGACCAGGACCAGUCCAAACCUGCCUUAGAGGGCCUGCUGGACUCUCCGUCCAUUCUGCCGGCCGAGCAGAAAGAGCUGCCAGAACCUGCUGCUGUCAGCGGUCCUCGCUGUGUCGCCGUGUUCGACUACGAAGGCGAGGAGGAAGAUGAGCUCACCUUCUCGCAGGGUGACAUCAUCGCCCUCCUGCAGCUGAUUGGCCAGGAAUGGGGGCGGGGCCAGAUCCACGGGCGAAUCGGAAUCUUCCCCCUGAACUUCACUGAGGUGGUGGAGCCCCUCCCACAGCCGUCGCCGGGGGAAACCAAACCUGCGUCCACGGAGACGGCAGCGAUGGAGAGCAGCGCUCCGAACACCUCCGAGGCUCCUCAGUCUGAGGAGCAGCAGGAGCAGCAGGAGCAGCAGGAGCAGCAGGAGCAGCAGUGGGCCGUGGCCCUCUUCGACUUCCCCGGUCAGACUGCAGAGGAUCUGUCCUUCCACAAGGGGGCGCUGAUCCAGGUGACGGAGCAGGUGGAUGCAGAGUGGUGCAGAGGACGCCUGGAGGGCAGGGAGGGUCUCUACCCGGCCGCCUUCACCCAGCGCUGCUCCGCUCAGCCAAUCACAGGCCAGCCGGCGGCGGGGAAAGCAGCCAGGGCUCUGUUUGACUUCACAGCCGAGAGCGAGGACGAGCUCACGCUGAAGGUGGGGGAUGUGAUCGCUCAGGUGGAGUCUGUGGACGAUCGGUGGAUUUUAGGAGUCGUAGGAGGGAAACGAGGCAUUGUGCCCAAAAACUACAUUUCAUUUCUUUGAGGAGGAAACUGAAACCUUCUGUGUGUCUGCGGGAGUUUUAGAGACCUCCAGAGAAGACGUGGACACCAGUCUGGUCCAGAGUUCAGACUUGACUUUCAGGUAGAGGUUCUGGCUGAAACUUGGAUGGAUGGUUGUGUUUCCUUCUGCUGACCGCUGGCUUCAUUCGUCUGGACUCUCCUCGACUGUUUCAGCUCUGCAGGAGUGAAAACGAUGGACGUGUGCUUCAAAGAGCCUCCUUCUGUUCCCCUCAGCUCUCUGUCCGUCUAACAGAACCUCCUGACGUGUUCCUGAACACUGAAGCAGGUCCACUCGCUUUAACCUCCUUUGUUCUGUUUCCUAAAAACCGUUAGUUCUGGUCUCUGAGUGACAUGAAGCUGUUGGAUCUGCAGUGGAAACUCUGAGGCUGAAGCUGGUCUGAAGUGGUUCUAACAUGUCCAUCAGUGAUGUCUCUUCACCAGGAGGAGCAGCGUGGUGGUCCUGGUCUGAACUUGGUCAAGAUUAACUCGACGGAUGUUUUGUUGCGUAACACUGACGGGUCCUUCAGCUGAUGGACUCGGUGAGAGAAGGUUUGUUUCUCCAUGUCUUCGUCCACCAGACAAACUGACUAACGUUGUCCAGAACCUCUCCAGCCUUCUCCAGACUUCCUUCAGUAUUGUCCAGAAUCACUCAACUUGUCCACCGUGACCCAGAACAUUUCGUAAACUGUCCAGAACGACACUUUGGAGACGGUCGGUGUUUUCUCGGCGUCCACGUUGACUUUCUCUGAAUUUUUGCACUUUACAGCAUCACGGUCGGAUGUUUCAGUCCGGUCCUGGUUCUGAGCUUCAGCGGAGAGAGGACCUGAUUCUUUAACCUGUUGGACUGGUUCCGUACCAGUGGAUGGACUGGUUCUGUACUGGUUCCGUACCAGUGGAUAGACUGGUUCUGUACUGGUUCCGUACCAGUGGAUGGGCGGGUUCUGUACUGGUUCUGUACCAGUGGAUGGGCUUGUUGUCUGUGACCCAUAUUUCCGUGUGUAACCAAACAUUCCCACUUUUUAAUCCAAAUAAAACUUUGACACUUUC